AUGGCUACAAGUAACAACUGGGAGGCGUGCAAGCAAGACAAAACGGAUAAACGUUGCCGGUUUAUUGACCUCAUCUUCAACACUGGGAAACUUCAAGGCAAAAAUCCGGACCGGGAAGUCAAACACGCCGAUUGCUCGAUCAAUGUCGAAGAAACUGCAAAGGAAUGCGUUUCCAGGUAUACGGAUAAAACAAAGUAUCAUAACUGUUACGGCACCGUCUUUAACUUUCCGGGCUACACUGCCCUUAAGGGCUCAAGCGGAGAAUGGAACGACUUCGUCAAGAAGCUCGGAGAUGCAGUCGCCAAGACCGCGCAGUCGAAAAAGACCGACGCGAACAAAAAGCUAUUCGAACACUUUGACGCCACCCCGGAGAACAUCCUUACUGCCCGUGCCGGAGAUCAUGGCAAGUAUGCCAUACCGUUGGCGGAAGCGGACUUUCAAGCCCACAAUGUGCCGGAGACCAAACUCCGAGCCAUCGGUAACGAUGAUCUCUACGGUAAGAUAUCGAGAUAUUAUAACAGGAUGUACGGCACAGGCGAAGUGAGUAAGGAUCCGAAGAAUGAGAAAAAGGCUAAAGAUCAUAACGAUGUUAUCAAUUCGUACAAGCAGGUGCAGGCCAAGCUUUCCACAUGUACUUAG